CAUAGUCUGAUACUAAUAUACAGUCGAGAGUGUAUCAACAGUAGCAGCAUCUCGCCGAAAGUGUGCACGCACGAUCGGCCGGCACAUUCAAAAUUUUCGGUUUUUUUAGAGCUCCCAAAACGCGAACCGCGUAUUUUCGCCGUGUUUUGUACACUGUGUAUUCCGCUCGAUAAACUUGUAUCUUUCUUUCUGGUCCUUGCCACCGGUGAUCUUACGAGAGCGAUUGUGAAUAAUAGUGAUUUCGAUUUCGACGCGCAAAAGUGACGUUCCGUCUCGGACUUCUUGUUUACAGGAUUUGGCUAGUCAAGAGCUGCAUCUUUCACGGCGAAUGACAGAAUUUCGCAAUCAAGGCGUCUAGACGAGGAAAACUGAGGAUAAAACAAGGGGAAUCAGGUCGCAGCCAUGAAAACCACGCUCACGUUGCCACAAUUUAAAAAAACCAUCAUCUUAUUUAUAGUGGGAAUCGCGUGCACUUCCCUGGCUUACAUAAUUUACAUUUUCAAUCCCAUGAACAUGUUAUUGGAAUACAGCAUACAAAUGAGGCCAAACUCGCUUUUCUUCACGUUCUGGAAAAAACCGCCUACCGCUAUUAACAUGGGCAUAUAUGUAUUUAACUUUACCAAUCCGGUGGAGUUUCUAAGCGGCAAGGAGAAGCUGAAAGUUCAAGAAAUUGGGCCGUACGUCUAUAAAGAACACAUCAAGAAUGAUAACGUGACGUUUAACGACAAUGGCACUAUAAGCUUUAUAACUAGGCGGGAAGUAACCUUUGUACCUGAGAUGUCAAUUAAUGAUCCGACGAAGGUCUUUAUUAAUGUCCCGAAUGUGAUUAUGUUGGGUGCCUCGUCCGCUUUGCACGACGCCGGAUUCCUGAUGAACUACCCCUUUUUACAACUGACAAACAUAUUGGACGCACAACCUAUUCUCAACAUGUCGGUAUAUGAUUAUCUGUGGGGUUACGAGGACUCAUUAGUGUCACUGGCUAGCAAUAUUAUGCCGAACUUCAUCAACUUUCAGAAAUUCGGUCUUAUGGACAGGAUGUACGACGAAGGGGAGAACAUCAUAACGAUGUACAUAAAAAAAAAUGCCGAUAUGAAAGAUGAGAAAGGGAGAUACCUUAGUAUCGACAAGUACAACGGCAGUCCUGGAUUAGAGCAAUGGGGAUACAUCAAUACAAAGGACAAUGAGACACGAAAAGAAAAUACGGCUUGCAAUAUACUUCAAGGCACCAUGGAUGGUCUUUUAUUUCCGCCGCAUUUGGAUAAGGAUGCCACUUUCAGAAUCUAUAGGAAAGUAUUUUGUCGACCGUUACCGAUCAUGUACAGGAAAGAGAUCACGGCGUAUUAUGGUCUGCCAGGGUAUUACUAUACUUUCAUGGAUGACUUCGCCGAUCCGCCCGAGCAGAACCCAAAUAACAAAUGUUAUUGUCCCAGCAAGAAGAUCUGUUUGAAAAAGGGACUGAUAAAUGUAACGCCGUGUUACUACAAUAUCCCGUCGGCAAUAUCUUUUCCUCAUUUCCUUGACGCUGACCCGAGCUUACUGGAAGAUAUAGACGGUCUUAGUCCGGACCAAGAAAAGCACGGGUCGCAUUUAAUACUGCAACAGACGACCGGUGUGCCCUUGUAUAUACGCUCGAGAAUGCAGACGAACCUGGUAAUAUAUCACACACGUUACAAUUCUAAGAUUAGGCCUUUCAACGACAAAGUGAUACCGCUGUUCUGGUUCGACACAACUUUGCCAGAAGCACCGAUCAAAAUAAUCUUUAUAUUAAAAUUGAUACUACAGAUACUACCGAUGAUGCAAACGAUAUUGAUGUAUUUAUUUGGUAUCGGCGGAGUGACAAUGAUAAUAUGGUCGUUUGUUCAUAUUUUGAGAGUCCUCAGGCAGCAACGGAAAAAGGAGCAGGAAGUGCCGAGACAGGCCGAUUUUGAUUUAAGAAUGCCUCUGUGCAACGGCCAAUGCACUUCGCUCACUAUUCUACCAACGGUUAAGAAGAUCACGUAA